UUUUCUUCUAUCUAGAAUCUUGCAAAUUUGUCAAAUGGUUUCCACAGCAAUCUCUCAGUUACCUUCGUUCUCUGCUUCACCCUCUUUAUACUUCAAUCUCACCACCAAAAUCCACCGUCCUGCCGCCACCUUUUUUUCACGAUUUCAUAAUCUUUCUACUAAACCUUUCACUGUUGUCGCUUCAACUUCAUUGGACUACCCAACAGAAAAAUCAUCCAUCUCUUCAAAGACAAGCAACUGGCUAUGGAAAUAUAAGGAUAACUCUAUCAAAAUCCAUUAUGAAGAGCAUGCAAAUGAUAGUAAUGGACCAAGCAAGAAUAUCCUCAUGAUGCCCACUAUUUCUGAUGUUAGCACUGUGGAAGAAUGGAGAUUAGUUGCUAAAGAUAUCAUUCAACAAUCUGGAAAUGCUAACUGGCGAGCUACCAUUGUUGAUUGGCCCGGUCUUGGUUAUUCUGACCGUCCCAAGCUAGACUACAGUGCAGAUGUUAUGGAAUCAUUUCUUGUUGACUUUAUCCUUGCGCCAAAUAGUCCAAUAAGCAGCCUGGGACAAGACUUGGUCAUUGUUGGAGGCGGUCAUGCUGCCACAAUAGCCAUCCGUGCCGCUAAAAAGGGUUUGGUCAAACCAACUGCCAUUGCUGCUGUUGCUCCUACCUGGUCUGGCCCUCUUCCUAUUGUAUUCGGUCGUGAUUCCAAGACAGAAUCAAGAUAUGAACUACUUAGAGAGACAUUAAGGGCCCCGGCUGUAGGUUGGAUGGUGUAUAAUGUGUUAGUCAGCAACAAAAAAUCCAUCCAAUCUCAAUAUAAAUCCCAUGUGUACGCUGAUUCCACAAAUGUGACACCCGCCAUCAUAGAAAACAGAUAUGAACUAACAAAACAGAAAGGUGCCCGUUAUGUCCCAGCUGCAUUCUUGACAGGUCUACUUGACCCAGUGAAGACCCGUGAAGAGUUUCUUGAACUCUUUAAAGGGUUAGAGGGUAAAUUGCCAGUUUUGGUAGUAUCGACUUCUGGUGCACCAAAGAGGUCGAAAGCAGAAAUGCAGGCUCUAAAAGAAGCUAAAGGUGUGAGCAAAUUUGUUGAAGUGCCAGGAGCCCUUCUUCCUCACGAAGAGUACCCGAGUUUAGUUGUAAGAGAACUUUACAGUUUCUUGCAAGAUGUAAUAUAAAUUUGUUCUUUAAACUUUACUUAGAAGUCAAUAAAUAUAAUCUUGAUCA